UUCAGCCCAAGUCCUGGUGCAUAUGCGGCAAUACGUAUCAAUCCAGUCGAAAUGGUGCGACAUCUACAAGACGACAAAGCCUUGCGCGCGGCUAGCGCGAUGCAAAAGAAAACAUACCUCGUAUGUCUCGAGCUGGAAAUGGAUCUACCAUUCCCCGACAAGCCUUGGUACCGUUUCCGCGCACUUCCCAUAGGCCCUCAUCUUCUUCCGCCCAACGAAGCGAAGGGAUACACUUCCGAUAUGUGUAUUCCUAUCUUUCCGAACAUGAGCCACCCCACUGGUCGUGCCCCUUUGCCAUCGGAGCGGCCUUUUCCGUAUGGGAACUGCUACCACUGGAUUGACGAAUCCGUCGUCAUCCGCGUACGUGCUCGGCCCGAGGGUUUCGACGAAACGAACGCAAUCAAAAUCCCUGCGCGAGAC